AUGGCAAAAUUAUUGAUGUGUCUCGCAAUACUGGCUUGUGCGGCUAUGGUACAGUCAAGACCAUCAAGCGAACUAGAAAAUGUUCCGUGUGUAGGAUGUACUCCGCUAGAGAUUGUAGCCCGAGUGAAACGUGGAGCGGAAGAUAUUAUUGGUGCAGUUACUGGAUUAGUGGGCAAUAUAUUACACGAAAAUUGGUCACACAUUGAACGAAUACGUGCUAUGCGUGAGAGUAAACGAAAUAUUUUCGUUGGGGACGGACACCAUAAUGAAAAUCAAGUGACGAUUUAUUCAAACCCGGAUGAUGCCUAUUAUUAU